GUCGCUUGCUGUUGUUUAAUUAACGCUCUAGUUAGUGCUCCGUUUGCCUGUUGCGCAUGUUCGAGAAAGCCGUGGCGUUGACUGACGCCUGUAUGUAUGUAUGUGUGUGUGUGGUGAUGAAGAUGACGACGAUGUUGUUGUUCUGUGAUGUUACUGAAAUACAAUGCGAAGAAGCGAUACUGAUUUACCAUUCUGUAUGCCAUGCAAACACAAAUUGGAUACAUAUAUACACACGCUUCCAAUUCUUAAAAUGUGUGUGUGUGUGUGUUUGUGUGUGUGAUGCAUGGUACAGUAUGUACUGUGAGGUAUUUAAAUUCGUGAACUGCGGUCACAGAAUUAAAGGACUGCGUAAGGACAGUUGCGCCAGGACGUAUACAUACGAAGCGGAUGGAACUGUGUCACCUACAUGUUACCCUUAGAAAUAUACACUGCACACAGUUCAUCAUAACAAUAUUUACAGCCCAAGCUCAAUAAACUACCGGAAUGCAGUGUAUUUCACAGUAUUACAACAACAACAAUAAUAAUAAUAAUAAUAAUAAUAAUAAUAAUAAUAAUAAUAUUUUGUUCGGACCUCUGUGUUACAAAAAAUUACAAAAUGUUGUGGUUGUCCAUGACUCGUAUAUAGUAUCGUGAAUAAUGAGACCAGUUUGUGUUUUAAAAACGUGUAUGAAUUUGACACAAACUUAACCACGUCCUGACCGCCCCCUGAUAAACAAACAGCCCGACAGUACAGCACGGCGGCUGCUACUGACCUCUUCAGGGAGCAACGAAAACCAAAGCAUGAAAACAAAACCAAAACCAGGAAAUAUCACAAAUAUACAGCCAUUUUAAGGCAGUGCUCUAAUUCUUCUGCGGGAUUUUAGUGAGCGUAAAAGCGGUUAAACAGAGAGCUGCAUGCAGUCUUCGUGCGUAAUGGUGACCAUGCAAACCCGUGAGGAACCCUUACCCUAGUUUAUGUUAGGGUUUCAGCAGGCGUGUGAUAUUCGCUAUUUCUUUGGAUCAAGAGCCGCUGGGUGAAGUUGGCACCGUGUGGUUGCUGCAAUAGUACCGGUAGCGCUGCUAAUGCAAGAUAUUGGCGUGCUGUGCCCCUGCAGCCUCGCCUGGGGUAACCCCCUCGCCACAGCUGCGGUUCCUGUACGUUCACUGCGAGGUGGAAGUUUCCACAGGAAAUGCGCUGCUUGAAUAUAUGGGAACAUGUCAAAGAAAAAGGGCAGGAAGCGCAGUAGCGGGGAGCUGAGCGACUCGGUGACCCCAGACCCAGGCAGCAUCCUGGGCUUGCGGAUCCAGCACACCUGGCGGGAGAAGGGGGCGCUGACCAAGUGGAAGGGGACGGUCCUGGAUCGGCUGACCGUCAACCCCUCACUCUUCAUGGUGAAGUACGACGGCUUCGACUGCAUCUACGGCAUCGAGCUUUUCAAAGACGAGCGGGUCUCGCAGCUCCAGGUUCUAAGCGAGAAAGUGGUGAAUACGAAGAUCAAGGUCCCCGAGGAUGCGGAGGAGCUGGUGGGGAAGGCGGUAGAGCACCUCUUUGAGAAGGAGGACGGCGAGAAGAACGAGUGGAGGGGCAUGGUGCUUUCCCGGGCGCCCAUCAUGACAAACUGGUACUACAUCACCUACGAGAAGGACCCCGUGCUCUACAUGUACCAGCUGUGGGACGACUAUGAGGAUGGGGACCUGCGCAUCCUCCCCGAAGCAGACUCGCUAAAGGGAGCCCGGGUUCUAGUCACUGGAGCCAGCACAGGGAUCGGGGAGCAGAUGGCCUAUCAUUACGCACGGUUCGGGGCACAGAUUGUCCUCACAGCCCGGAGGGAAGCUGUACUGGAGCAGGUUGCAAAAAAGUGUUUGAAGUUAGGAGCUGAGAAAGCGCUGUACAUCGCUGCAGACAUGGCAGUGCCUACAGACCCUGACAGAGUGAUCAAGUUUGCAGCACAGAGCUUGGGUGGUUUGGAUUACCUUGUGCUCAAUCAUAUCGGAUCCAGCCCUUUCCAGAUGUGGAAUGGAGAUGUGGAUCAUGCCCACUGGCUCAUGCAGGUGAAUUACUUGAGUUACAUAGAGAUGACAAAUUCAGCAAUGCCCUUUCUGAAGCAAAGCAACGGAUCCAUUGUCGUAGUGUCUUCCAUUGCAGGAAUGAUUCCUACUCCAUUCACAGCUCCCUACUCGGCGACCAAGUUUGCGCUCAACGGCUUCUUCGGAACUCUGCGACAGGAGCUAUCAAUGAAGCAGGAGAGCAUCUCCAUCACAGUCUGCAUUCUGGGGCUGAUCGACACCGCCUCUGCCUUGAGUAAAGUCAGGGGCAUGGUGGAAGCAAAGGCAUACCCAGCCUCCGAAGCAGCUCUUGCGAUUAUCAAGGGAGGUGCGACGAGGCAGAGGGAGGUGUACUACCCAGGCUUCUGGCAGCUGAUGUGUCUCAUAAGGGACUGGUUUCCUGGUGUGAGGGACAUAAUCAUACAGCACACCUACAACUACAAAGCAGUUACACAAACAACAACCACAUAGCACAGCUUUCAGACUUAUUCUAGUUAGAGAUGAUCGUUUUAACUCAACCACCACUUUUUCCAUGCCUGUAUUGUAUAAGGUAGUGCGUUGUGUGUAGGCUGUUUGGGCUUCUGGCUGGCCAAAGUGUACACAAUGAUUUAUAUUAUAGUACUAUGCAUUUACAAUGGGUUACUGUGUAUGUUUUAUUUUUAUAUGCUUCACCAUACUUCUCUGGAAUUUACAAUACUAAUCUAAGCUUUUAUUAUUUUUUCUUAUUACAAUUUGCUGUACUCAGGGAACUUUUAUAAGAGCCUAGAAACAACUGAUAAGUACUAGUCUAUUAAAACAUAAAAAGUGUUUGUUUUUGGAACUACAGAGUAUGGUCUGUGCACUGGGUGACAUCUCUACACAAUCAAAGCAUGUAGGUUGAAUUCUCAUGCAUGUGUGACAAUAUAUUGCAUGUCUAAAAUAAACUAUUAAAAAAUGUUUCACAAAUGAUGCACUAGACUUAAAUGUUUUACAAGUUUAUUUUAGCAUUGUGACCUUACCAUUGAGUGUCCACUAGUUCCUGAUGAAGUAUGAGCUUUUUUUUUUUUUGUUUUAGUUUUGUCAUAGUUUACCAUGCUUUACCAUAAUCAUCACAGGAUUUACCCUGCUUGCCUGUGCUCUACCAAGCUUUCUUUUACAACUAUUUGUGUCCCAUUACUUUGCUACAUUUUGCUGAAAAUGUUUAUAAAGUAUUUUGUUGCAUGUAUUCAAACAAAUCACAGAUCUCUCAUGUGUAAACACUCACCCCCGCAAGGCUCUGGCCUUUCCACAUUAAAAAUUCAGACCAUCUCUGUAUGAAAUAAUUUAACGAUCACUUGAGUCACGCUGGAGAAGAUGGUGUAUGCUUCCCACCCUCACACACACACACAGAACUACUCUGACCACCCACGGCAACCCUGGAGAGGAUUCCAUGCCCAAACCAGGAGAUCUUUCCACAGCAGCAUGCCUCCCUUUAAUCUCCUUAGAGGGCUCCACCACCUGGGGAAAAUGCCAGGAUGCAUCAUCGCCGCUCUGCUGACAAUUCCACCCACAGUUCCUGCUGCUGAGAACGACCUAAUGAUUCACAGUAAAUGCCAGGUUUAUUAAUAUUCAAUGCUUUGAGAAGUACUUUCCCUUUAUUAGGGGUUUCCACCUGUCUGCGUUUUGAUAUUCCAAAACAAUCCUCAUUUUCUGCCACAUGUGGUAUGGCACUGCACUGCACAAGGGU